AUGAAGCUGUUGGUCUGGAUCAGUCUCCUCUGCCUCUGCAUCUGUUAUUUCACAGAGGCCAGAGUCAUCCCUGAAGGAGUCCCGUACGACGAGCCACCAGCUGUUCCCUACUGGCCCUACUCCACCUCCGACUUCUGGAACUACAUUGAAUACUUCAAAUCCAUCGGCGCCUACAACCACAUCAACGAGAUGGCCCGCGCCUUCUUCGCCCACCAGCCGCUCGGAGACACCCUGGGAUACGAGACCAACGCAGGACAUGAGCACUGA